CACGUGGUGCGGGCAGGAAGUGACGCUCGCGGCCCGGGAGCUGCGGACGCAGAGGCCGACGGAGCCGAAGUCGCGGACGCCGCGGGGUCUCCGGGACAGGAACCCUCAGUGCUGCUUCCAGAUUCUGCAGGAGGGGUUUGCUCUGACGUUGGGCCUACCCAGCCAGCCAAAUGGCAGCCGCACUUGAUUUGAAAUCAAAGGAGGAGAAGGAUGCUGAGUUGGACAAGAGGAUCGAGGCUCUUCGGCGGAAGAAUGAGGCCCUCAUCCGGCGCUACCAGGAGAUUGAGGAAGACCGUAAAAAAGCUGAACUUGAGGGAGUUGCGGUCACAGCUCCCCGGAAGGGCCGCUCAGUGGAGAAGGAGAACGUGGCAUUGGAGGCGGAGAAGAACCUGGGUCCUUCCCGGAGGUCUCCUGGGACCCCUCGGCCCCCAGGGGCCAGCAAGGGGGGCCGGACUCCUCCACAGCAGGGAGGCCGCACCAGCAUGGGCCAGGUAUCCCGCAGCUGGGAGGGCAGUCCCGGGGAGCAGCCUCGAGGAGGAGCCAGGGGCCGUGGCCGGAGGGGCCGGGGCCGCGGGUCCCCUCACCUCUCUGGAGACACCUCCGCUUCUGACCGUAAAUCCAAGGAGUGGGAGGAGCGGCGCAGGCAGAACAUUGAGAAGAUGAACGAGGAGAUGGAGAAGAUCGCAGAGUAUGAGCGCAACCAGCGGGAAGGGGUGCUCGAGCCCAACCCUGUGCGGAACUUCCUGGAUGACCCCCGGCGACGCAGCGGGCCCCUGGAAGAGUCUGAGCGGGACCGCCGGGAGGACAGCCGCCGGCAUGGGCGCAACUGGGGGGGCUCCGACUUUGAGCGGGUGCGCUGUGGCCUCGAGCAUGAGCGGCAGGGCCGCCGAGCUGGCCUGGGCAGUACUGGAGAUAUGACGCUGUCCAUGACGGGCCGGGAGCGGUCAGAGUACCUGCGCUGGAAGCAGGAGAGGGAGAAGAUCGACCAGGAGCGGCUGCAGAGACACCGCAAGCCCACUGGCCAGUGGCGGCGCGAGUGGGACGCGGAGAAGACUGAUGGGAUGUUCAAGGACGGCCCAGUCCCUGCUCGAGAACCAUCCCACCGCUAUGAUGACCAGGCCUGGGCCCGGCCCCCGAAGCCCCCUACUUUUGGAGAGUUCCUGUCCCAGCACAAAGCCGAGUCUAGCAGCCGCAGGAGGAGAAAGAGCAGCCGGCCCCAGUCCAAGUCAGCACCCUGGGCCUACAGUGACCAUGAUGACCGAUGGGAGACAAAAGAGAGGGCAGCAUCUCCAGCCCCUGAGGCUCCAGAGCCCACUCCCCUCGUGGAGACACCCAUGCAGCCACCCGAGACCCCAGCACCUGCCCACCAGCCUCCUGAAGAUGAGGGGGAAGAGAAUGAGGAGAAUGAGGGGGAAGAGGAUGAAGAAUGGGAGGACAUAAGUGAGGACGAGGAGGAGAUUGAGGCGGAAGAAGGAGGUGAUGAGGAGGAGGAACCAGCCCAAGACCACGAAGCCCCUUCGGCAGCCAGCCCUACCCAGAGCCCCUGCAGUGAGCAGGCCCAUGGAGCCCCCUUCAGGCCGGAGGAGCCCCUGCCGGAGCCCCAGGCCCCUGCCACACCUUCCAGCCCUUUCUCGCCACCCAGUGGCCACCAGCCUGUGUCCGAUUGGGGUGAAGAGGUGGAGCUGAAUUCUCCCCGGACUACCCACCCGGCUGGCGCCCUCUCUCCGGGAGGUGACCAGUCAGCCCCGGCUUCCCUGGAGAGCGGGCCCAGCCUCCCAGGAUCCCAGAAAGCUGAAGAGGAGGGGUCUGAGGCAACUCCAGAGGCGGGUCCCGAGGGCCAGGAGACGGCGGAGAUCACUGACUUCCAGAGGGCCUCCCCGAAUUCCUGAAGACGCUGCUGGGAGGGGACUGAAGCGUCCCCACCUUGAUGGGGAGGGGUCGUCAGGAAGGGUUUAUCUGGAUUUCCAGGCUGUGCUCUCUCUUCCCCAGAGCCUAGUCUGGACCCCAUGGCUCUAGGGACCGGGAGAAGCUGACGGUGGGGGAGCAGCUGGGAGAAGGGGCGCGUUUGACGUUAGGGGCGGAGCUGGAACCUGGGAGCCUGAGGUGAUGCUGAGGACACCUGAAAGGGCGGCUGAGCGUGUCUGGAGGUGGGCGGGUCCCGCGGGGCGGGGCCGAAAUCCGGGCAGGCGGAGUUAGAGCAGGGGGCGGGGUCAGGGCGCGGCGCUGGGUCUCCUGUCACGGGCAUGCGGCGGAGCCGCCAGCGGGGGCGCGGGCAGGGUGCCGAGUGGGAGCCCGCGGAGAAGGAAAGCGGGGACUCCUGACUAGAGUGUGGGAGCCAGAGGGCGGAGUAGACGGUCCGACGGGAAGAGAGAACUGAGCCUGGCUGCGGCGGAGGGCGGGGAUCGCCAGUCCUCGAGAGCUCUGUGCUCCACACUGCGGAUGCGCCGGGGAUCCUUCCUAAUGACAUCGCCCAGCGUCUCCGGAGUCCUCAUCCUGAGGAAUGGGGGCCCAGGGGGUGCCGGCUCGGGGCCUUGCUUCUUGCAGCUCCUCUGUGGUCAGGCCGGAUCCUCCACCAUCAGGAAGACCCCAUCCUGACCUCUGUCACCUGCCCCUCCCCCUGUGGGAUGCUGAGCACAGAACCCACAGCCCAUCUGCCUCCUCACCUCCCUGAAUCCGUGUCCAUCUGCAAUAAACCACAGCCCCGGCUGCCUUGUGCUGUG